UCUGAUUCACCCAUCGCGGUGGUUUGCUAGCAAACAUAAAACUGAAACGUUAAAGAUCUUUAGACCAAUCUUGUGUAUAUUACUCUUAGUGUUUAGAACAUCAUUAUGUUGACCUAUCUGUUACAUAUCUACUCGUUCAUUUAAAUGCAAUUUGCUUGUUAAAUUAGCAAAUGUGUUACAUUGGUUCUGCACUAGGCUAAUCUCGCGAAGCAUUUUUUAUUUAUUUUAUUUAUUUCACCUUUAUUUAACCAGGUAGACUAGUUGAGAACAAGUUCUCUUUUACAACUGCGAACUGGCAUGAGCUCACUAAACUUGAAGGAGAAAGAAGCUCUGAUGAAAGGAGAGGAAGAAGCUUUCAGGAUGAAAAAGGAGGAAGAGGAGGCUAUCACAUUGAAAGAAGAGGAUGAUAUUACAGUGAAAGAGGAAGAUGGGAAAGAGGUUGUCAGCGUGGAGGAGGAGGUAGAAGCUUUCAGAAUCAAAGAGGAGGAAGAUGCCAUAACAUUGAAAGAAGAGAAUGUAGAGAAAGAAGAGGAAGAACCUUUUAGAGCAAAAGAGGAAGAGGAGGCUAUCUCAAUAAAACAGGAGGAAGAAAACGUUUUGGGAGUGAAAGAGGAGGAGACUGAAGAUCCGAUUAACACCAGACAACGCUAGCCCCUCCUCCCUCCUGGAGUCCCCAUGUCGUGUCUCUCCCAAUAGCACCUUACUGGUGGGUAGGAAGAGGUUGUCUGUGCUGCUGGUGGACUGCAGGAAAACAACGGGGCUGAG